GCUGGGAACCACCUGAGCCUUGUCGAGUCGGUUUCCGACGACGCCUCGGUGGCAGAGCGGGCGAAGCGAACUGUGCAAACUUCAACUGGCUUUGAUCUCAAGGUCCUAUCUCUUCAAGUGAAGCGAGGUUCCCACAUUGCCUUGAUUGGAGCUGCAGGCUCGGGCAAGUCCACUCUCCUGGCAGGCUUGGCAGGAGGCUGCAAAGCCGAACUUUGGGGCGAAGACAUGGAAGAGACGGGCGUCCUAAUCUCUGGAAGGCUUGCCUACACGCCGCAGCAGUCAGCGAUUCUUCCUGGAAGCAGCAUCC